CUCUGCAGCAAGUGGAGGUGGACGGGCAGCAGUGUAUGCUGGAGAUUCUGGACACUGCAGGGACGGAACAAUUCACAGCCAUGAGAGAUCUGUACAUGAAGAAUGGCCAGGGCUUUGCGUUAGUGUACUCCAUCACAGCCCAGUCCACUUUCAACGACCUGCAAGACCUACGAGAACAGAUCCUCCGAGUCAAAGACACUGACGAUGUUCCGAUGAUUCUGGUGGGUAAUAAAUGUGAUCUGGAGGAUGAGCGUGUUGUGGGGAAGGAACAGGGACAGAACCUGGCCAGACAGUGGAGCAGCUGUGCUUUCCUGGAGUCCUCCGCAAAGUCCAAGAUCAACGUCAACGAGAUCUUCUAUGACCUGGUCAGGCAAAUCAACAGGAAAACCCCAGUACCUGGGAAGACACGCAAAAAGUCCAACUGUCAGCUCCUCUAAUACACAGCUGCUCUGUCGCACUGAGUCAGGUCUGAUUUGCUGCUGUCUCUCUCAGCAGUGCCAGCAUUCCGACGUUACUAAAACCUAACAUGGAAUGGACUUUCCUGUGUGGUGACGCCCCUUUAACAACAACCAACCAACCAACCAACCAACAAACCAACGGAUUCAAAGCUACAAUACAUCAGUUUUUACACACAGAUUAACCAUUAUCACUUUCCAGUGUCACGAGAACAAGAUUUCUACUUACAAAUAUAUAUAUUCUAACUGUAUGCAACUGAAAUGGAAAAAUUAAGGUCAGAAAAUAAAGUAAAUUUAAUAAAUAAAAUUGGUAAAUCAGUCAAAAUGAAUCAAAAUAAAAUCCCGAUCCCUACACACAGUGUUAUUGCUAACGGAGACAGUAGCCGUAGAAACGGAUGUCUAACCAGAAUGUGCACGUUGCCAUGGUGAGUAGCUACAACGAUGCGGUAUUUAUAAGCACCUCUAUAUUAGCCAGAGAAAAAAGUCCCAAAGAGCAUCUAUAUAGUCCGGUUCAUACAGCUAACUUGCUCCUGUGGUUUAUUUUCUAACUUUUUAUUUGUACCUUUUUAUAUUUUCCUUCGAUCAUUCAACAUCAUUUUUCUGUCUUUUUAUUUCUUUUUAAAUGACUAGUUUUGUCUCUACUGAGAGAUGCUAUACUGCGACAGCUAUUGCUAUGAGUUUUAUUUGAGGAGUAAACCUGUGGAUACAACAGUGAUUAUUAUUAUUAUAUGUGAGUUUUAUUUGAGGAGUAAACCUGUGGAUACAAAAGUGAUUAUUAUUAUUAUUAUGUGUAAAAAGAAAAAAAAAGUAUGGUGUUUUUUCAGUAACUAUCAUAUUGUCUUUUAGCCUGAUGAUGUUGCCUUCAAAUAGGUUUUUUUUUGUUCUGGAGAAUCCAACUAUGAUCCAAUCAUCUUUCUUUCUGGAGAAUCCAACUAUGAUCCAAUCAUCCUUCUAUGUCAUGCCUGGGUUUCCUUGUGUGCGUCUGAAAUGGCACCCGAGUGUACUACAUUUGACCAGAGCCCAAUGGGUGUCCCUAUUGGUUUCCCUAUAGGCCCUGGUCAAAAGUAGUACACUAUAUAGGGAACUAGGGUGCAAUUUUGGAGGCAGCCCUUGUGUUGUUUACAAAGAUGUUUGUACAGUGGGGUUUUUCAAUUGGGGUUGUGGUCAAAGAGGGACUGGACAUUUUAACAAGCUACCAAACUUCUGAGACACCAAUGGCCAGACGUGACUGGGCGAUCCUCAUCAUGUUUUUUUUUACUUUAUCCUUCCAAGGCCGUCUCUCAUUGGUUGGUUUGUCCAGUUAGCCAAUCCCCUCUCAUGGAAUCUGCGAUCUACAACAGGAAGUAUAGAUUUUUAAUACAAAAAAAAUAAAGAACAACAUGUCAUUGGUGA